ACGUCCGGUCUUGCCGCGCGCAGGCCCCGCCCCCAGUCCCCCAAUGGUGCUCCCAGCUCCGGGGCCGGGACGUUGCUGGCAGAGUUUUCCUGUAGUGGAGAAGUCACGUUGUUCUCCGUUUACACUUACAGGGGGAGAAAAAAAAAAAAACACACACACACACACAAGAGAGGAACUCCUAAUGAUCGCUGCGUGGCCGAUGGAAACCUGAUCGGACGGAGGGGAGGACUUUUUUUUUUUCCUAACAGAAGGGGGGUGAGGGGAGAAAAUGUCUUCCCCUUCCAACGGGAUAGAGAUCAAGCAGGAGGAUGUGCUGGACGGCACGGUGUUCUCCAUGGAUCCCGGGACAGAGGAGGACGAGGACGAGGCGGUGAAGGGUGAGGUGUCCCCGCCGUACACUCUGGCCUUCUCCCCGGAGCACGUCGCCUGUGUGUGCGAGGCUCUCCAACAAGGCGGCGACCUGGACAGGCUGGCCCGGUUCUUGUGGUCUCUUCCCCAGAGCGAGCUGCUACGUGGCAACGAGAGCAUCCUGAAAGCCCGGGCUCUGGUGGCCUUCCAUCAGGGCCGCUACCAGGAGCUCUUCUCCGUCCUAGAGAGCCACAACUUCGAGGCCACCAACCACGCCGCCCUCCAGGACCUCUGGUACAAGGCGCGCUACAACGAGGCGGAGCGGGCCCGGGGCAGACCUCUGGGGGCGGUGGACAAGUACCGGCUCCGCAGGAAGUUCCCCCUUCCCCGUACUAUAUGGGACGGAGAGGAGACCGUCUACUGCUUCAAGGAGAAGUCCCGCAACGCCCUCAAAGAGCUCUACAAACACAACCGCUACCCAUCCCCCGCCGCCAAGAGGAACCUCGCCAAGAUCACCGGACUCUCCCUCACACAGGUCAGCAAUUGGUUCAAGAACCGGAGGCAGCGCGACCGCAACCCCUCCGAGGCGCACUCCAAGAGUGAGUCAGAUGGGAACCACAGCACUGAAGAUGAAUCGAGCAAAGGUCACGAUGAUCUCUCCCCAAAUCCCCUCUCCAACAGUUCGGAUGGGAUUUCCAACAUGAACCUUCCCUCUCAUGCCGACACACUGUACAUGCAACAAAUUGGUAAUAAAAUCUCACUGAGCUCCCCUGGAGUGCUGUUGAAUGGAAACUUAUUGUCCUCCAAUCCUUCCUCUGUCUUCUUAAAUGGGGGCUCAUUUAUCCAAGGACCCAAUGGAGUGCUGCUUAAUGGUAUCAAUGUAAACUCACAAACUUUGUCGCUGAACCCAUCAAAACUGGGCCCCACCAUUGUAAGCAACGGUGUCCAGAACUCUGAUCUAUUGGUGUCUUCCUCUGAGGAUAUCAAAGUUCUACAGACUGGCCUCUCAGAUUCCUCCUCAACGUACACUACAAACAUGCAGCCCUCUUUCCCGGGGUUAAUACCUCCCUCUGAAAUUAAGACUGAGGCCAUCCAUCCCAUCACCUCUCAAGAUGGCGGAACAGUUGUUACAUUCACCACUCCCAUACAGAUAAACCCCUAUGGCAUUGUGCAAAUACCCAAUUCAGGAACAAAUGCUCAGUUACUAAAUGGAAGUAUUGGAUUCUCCACACUCCAGCUGCCCUCUGUCGCUGUCUCACAAGGGAAUCUUUCCAUUGCUCCUUGUACUUCAGAUGGAGGGACGUUUACAAGUGACACCACCUCAAACAGCGAUCAAGGGAAAGUGUUCCUCAGCUCCCUGCCUCCCAGCACAGUCUUGUAUACCGUUCCGCAUUCUAUAAAACAGGACGGUUUGGAACGCAGCCUCGUCUUCUCUCAGUUAAUGCCUGUUAAUCAAAACACAGGACACGUAAACAUUAGCAUGCAUUCAGAGGAUGCCUUGCAGUCUGUUGCUGCCUCCUUAGUAAACGGAACUCACUCCCCAAAUUUCUCCCUUGCUCCUUCCACCUUAAUUUCCGCAGCCGGGCAGCUUGCUUCUGUUACAGGGAACCAAGCGUCAGCUAUCAACCAGCCCAUUUCUGCACCCGUCACUACAGCCAGUGUCACUCCCACUAGUAACGCAAACUUUUCAGCUCUUCCAAACUGUCACUACAUCUCUACUCAAGACAUGUUGUCUCUUUCUACAGCACAGGCAGGCCUGGGGGAACCCAUCACCACAAGCAGCAAUAAUAACACCAGCCACUUGGCUCCUCAGGUCCAUCAGGAUUUCAACAACCAUCACAAUCUGGUUCUUCAGCGUGUACCUGAGGCAAAGGAGAAUUACCUAUCAAUUGCCCAGAACACCACUAUUAGUGGCAGCGUCAUGCUGUUGGAUGCAAAAUCCCAGUAUGUCCUAAGUAGUAUGGUUAACUCUGGCUGUGAGGAACUUGAAGGUGACAAAAAGGAGUUGGUCAAGCUUCAGAAUGUUCAAAUGGAUGACGAUAUGCAAGACAUGUAAGCAAGAAAGAGUUUCUGAAAAGUCAAUGGAUUCUGAUGACCCUUUUACAGUUUCAUCAAUAGAUGACUAAAGUAGGAUCUUUUUGGCAAAUUAUCCCUUUGUUUUUUUCAUAAUGAUCUUCUACCCUCCAAAAGCCAGUUAAAUCUUUUUUUUUUAACUUGGGUAUUUAAAGGAAACGCCACUUUGGUGUACGAAACAAAAAAUGACAAUUUUUUUUGGUACUUUAUCACUUUUUGGGCUAUGCUGGAAAUGUAUAUAAAAUUAUCAAAUAAGGGAUAAAACAAUGGCAUCCUCCCCUUCCCCCAAGGCCACACUCUUGACACUUUUUUUCCUUUCAAACUUUAUUAGACAAAUUGAAAUGUUACAUUUGAGCAGUGACUUUGCAGUGAGCUUCUGCUAAUGCAAGAAUGUUAUUAAUCUUUGCCAACUAUGCUGUCUGACUAAAACGGUAGAAUUUCGUGUCAUUUACUUAAGGUAUUGUAUACAGACCUCCUUCUUUGUAGUAGCAAUUGCAGCAAAAGCUGAAAAUAUGCAAGACUUUUUUUUUUUUUUUUUGGAAAACACUAAAAGUGAAUGUUGAAAAGCCUUAGGCCUUGUACAGACGACCGAACAUGUCCAAUGAAAAUGGUCCGCGGACCGUUUUCAUCGGACAUGUCUG